AUGACAACAGCCACAACACCAACUUACCGAAGGAUACCAGAUGAGUACUUCAUGAUCAUCGACAAGGAACCCGGCGACCGGCAGUGGACCGAGCGCCCAUGGCGAAACUUGACGGCAGGCGACGUCCCACUGGGCUCCAUCAUCACCAACCCGAAGAGGCCCGACGAAGCCGUCGCUCAGCUCAGAUUCAACCCAGCCCGGGAUGUGCAAUCGGUCAAAUACAAACAGUUCGCCGCCGCAGGCCACGGCACGGGGAGCGGUGACCUGCUCCAGGAAAUGCCCGGGAAGCGCCACGAGGGCUUCAACCGGACGACGUUGCAAUUUGUCACCGGCUCGACCACAUUCUCCAGGCUGCAGAGCUAUACUGCGGACCAGUUGAUGUGGCAGCAGGCCGUCAGGGCAGAGAUGGCGGCAGGCAAGCACCUCUUCAUCGUCACGGGCGCCAUGGUUGCCGAGGGCGAGUGUACAUUCACGACGUCGCUGGAUGGCAACGAUCGUAGCGAAACGCAUACACGGGAUCGGGUUGAUAAGCAAGGCUUUGGGCCACGGCUGCUCGGGCUGACGUUGGUCGAGGUUUGGGAAAAGAGCCGCAAGUCUGGAGAAGCCUGCAUCAAACAGUACCGACCAACUUCUGGUUAUGCUUAUGCCUACGAGGAGGAGAGAGUGGAAGGGGUAUACACGGUUCUCCAAGAAUAA